UAUAAAUAGCCAAAACGCACACACUGAGUUCCUCACUCUCUCUCUCUCUCUGAGGCUCACAGCUCUCCAGCUUCUGCAAUCUCUCUCGUACCGGCGUUGAAAUCUAGAUUAGUGAUAUCUACGUGGCUGUGCAAAUGGCAGAACCAUCAAAAGGGAAAUCAUCCUCUGCUGAUCAAAAGAAAAAAAGCUCAUUUCUAGAUGAGGAAAUUGGUGACGAUUUCCUCAGCUCCUGGAAAUCAAUGUCAGUAAUGAAAGAUGAUGGGAUGGAUUUCAGCUUUGAUACAGGGGCCAAAAGCAAGAAAAAAGUGUUUGACUUUGAUAAGCUGGAUAUGGAUUUCAAUCUCGACGGUGACUUCAACAAGAUAUCAUCUUUCAAAAUGGACAUGUCUGAUUUCGACUUCUCAAGCCCGCCCAAAAAAGAUGCGAAAACCAAGGAAGUUGACAUGUCAGACCUUGAUUUAUCAAGCCCUCCCAAAAAAGCUGCAAAAACCAAGGAAAGAUCUGAAGAAGAACCUUCCACAGGAAGCCGUCAAGGGAAACAAGACCAUUUUAAAUUCUCUUUUGAUUUCAAUGAGUUAGAUAGUUUUGAUCUCGAUUCAACUUUGUCGAGAAGAGAAAAGAGUUCUAAGAACCAAGAUAGCAGCAAAGAGGUUGUCUCUGAUGGAGCUGGGUGCGAAGGCUCUAAAGUCGAUCUAGCAGAAGGGAUUAGUAAACUUGAUGGUGUAUCUGAGACAGUAGCCACAUCAAAGAUUGAUACUGUGUUAGUUGAUCCAGGGAAUACUAAUUCUAUGAAUGACUGUGCAUCAGAGUCUGAGACCUCUGGAAAUUUUGAAUUGCCACCUGGUCCAAGAUGUCAAGAACAAAUAAUGUCUGAAAGCAUAGAAGAGUCAAAUCAACAAAGUGACGUACCUGAAGAGGCAAUGUCCAUAGAAUCAUAUGCUGAACAGACAACACAUGAUCUGCCUGCUGAACUUGUAGUUGAUUCAGAUGGGGAUGCUGGUGUAGACGGAAAGAAUGACAAAAUGCUGAUAGGAGAUGGUCCUAAUCAUGAAGACUCACCUUUAAAAAAUUCAUCUCCAUUAGAUAUUGGUAGUUUGGGGAGUGGUGAUAGAAGUAUGUCAGGCAGUGAUACUUUGACAGAAAAUGAUGAACCAGCUAAAGGUAAUUUAGAUAAUGGAGAGGCUUUGGCUACAUUGGUCUCGAGGAAGACAUCACAUGACAUCAAAAGUAUCAAGGGAACUCAAAACUCAACUUUAAAGCUUCCUUUGUCCACACAGGCCAGUGAAUCCACAGUUGGUAAAGUUACGCCUAGAAAGGAAAGCGGAGCUGCAGAACUCUGCUCAAAGAUUUCUAAGAGAUUGGAUGACACUGGACCUCGGUUGUAUCAGCCACCAUUAAUAGGAGCUAAAUCUCUCUUGUCUGGAAACAACAAAAUUGGUUCCAUGUAUCUAAACCCUGUAAUUGAGAAAGGGGUGAGUGUUAAUACUAGUGAUGCACAACAUGGAAGCAAAUUGCUCACUACACCGGUGUUAUUUGAUAAAGAAACAAAAGUCAGACCUGUAAUAGCUGGAAGGGAGGACUCUGAUUCUGAAGGUGUACCAAACGGGACCAAAUUAGUUGGAUCUCCACAGCUGUGUGACAAAGAAGUAACAGAAAGGGAGCCUGUAGUAGGAAGUGAGCAGAGAAAAAAUCUUAAAGAUCUCAGGGUUCAAGUGAGUCCUUCCAGCUCAACUGAGAAGACAAGCAAACCCAGUAGUCAGAGUGUAAAACCUAAUAUCAUGCUCCCAAGUGUGCAACCACUAAGGAACUCAAAGAUCAUUACUUCUGAAGGGAAUAAACGUUGUCCUGACAAACCUGCGCAGAAGAAAACCAACAUGUCAAGCUGGAUAUUUUCCAAGAAUAUUGGUGGCAAUAAACUUUCUUUGAAUGCUGCACCUCAAAAAGAAGUUAAAUCCCAGGGGAGUUCAGAGAAAAAUAAGGAGCUGCAAGGCAAUGUGGAAACGGAAACUAGGAAGAUUGUUGAUGGCAGUGAGAAAAUGCCACAAAACCUUCCCCUGAAGCGAAAAACUUUUGAGGGAUUAAAUCCAGGUUUAGCAUCCUUGAAGCCUCUAAAACGCCUCUCUCUGUCACCAAGAGAAACCAGAAAUUUCACAGAACCUUCAAAAGGAACUGUUGAACAGGUUUGCACUCAUGAAAACCAUUUGGAGAUCAAGACUAAGAGCCCAAGCUCUAGACUUGGUAGUCCUUGCAUGGUGAAUCUGAUGGAACUUGAACUUCCUUCAAUGGAAACUGAUGAGAAUGUUGAAAAGGCUGAAGCAUAUACCAAGGAGCUUGAAGAUAUAUGCAAUAUGCUGAAAAAGAAACACGAGGAAGCCAAAGAAAUACUUGUAAGAGCUGUUGUGAACAACAAUAAUCUACUGAUGCUUAACCAUCCCAUCUAUGAAGCCAAGAUUCAUAAAGUUAAGAAAUUUGCUGCGGAACUGGCAUCCAAGGAGCUUCAAGCAUGUUGAAGAGGACCACCAGUGGGGUCACAUAAAGGGACAUGUUAUACCAUGUUUCCUGCUUUGGUUGAGACGAAGCUGUUCUUCCGAACAAUCCAGCCAACAUGGGCAAAAACUAAAAUGGGAUGCUUCAGAGGGAUUAGUUUGCGAAUUCGUUCUCACAAUUUCUUCUCUUAAAUUGAACAGUUAGAAUCUGUACAAUAUCAUACCGGCUGAAAAUGUGGCCGUGGUUAGUAGCAUCCUUUGUAUUCCAGACUUUCUAGUUGUGCUUUCUGUUUGUUUUCCCUUGCUCAUUAGAUUUACUCUGUUGUUACUAGAUAGGGCACAAUCAAGUUUCACUAGAUUCUGUUAAAUCACUCCUGAAAUCAGGGUAGGUACUCUUUAAGACUACAAAUAUAUAUAUAAAUACCACUUUCUCUUG